AUGAAGUUUAUAAUAUUUGUUAUUUCAACCUUGUUGAUCCUGAGCCUGGCAUCUCAACUGGAGGCUCGCACGGGCUUCUAUUGCCUGUGGAGCACUAAAAGGACCUGCUCCAAGAACACCCCCACAUGCAUCCGUCUGCAAACUGGUGUUGAUGGGGCCAAUGCGGCCAUCUAUUCAUGCAAAUACUAUCGCAACGAUUGUCAGUAUCAUCUCGAUAGUUGCAAGGGCGCUACAAUGUAUGGCCAAUUGGGAACAACAGCUAAUGUACUCACAUACUGUGUCAUGAAUAGCAUCCCAAUUGGGGGAACCGGAGUUUGCACAUAA